UUUUAUGGCCGGGCGGGUCGGACUAACGUUAUACCCGAGGUAUAAACGGCGGUAGGAAUAUAUAUAUAUAUACGUAAGGCGCAUUAGACGCGGGCGUUAUUGGUCAGUCAAAAUAAAAAUUUGUUUACAUAUAUAUAAUAUUGAUGACAAGCACGCGUGUACGGGUACGAUAACUAAAAAUAAAUUUUUAUAGGAAUAGUGUACCGUCGUAUUGUGAGCGAGGCGUGGGGAGGGGUGAAUGCGUAUAACAGUCUAGUCUAGACAACGGAAUAUGCGAUAACGCGUGGCGUUUGGAGAGUUACAAACUUACAUACAAACAACAUACAUGUGAAACUAAUAAAAGCGUGUUAAAAAUUUAAGUUACCGAAUUAAUAAAGCAUAACUUUGAUAAAAAAAAAAACCGUGUUUCUUUAACCCUUGUGAUUUUUUUGAUUACCAUGGUAUUCUUUGACAGUAUUUUCUCUUAUUAUCUUUUGAAUAUCGUCCAAGGCCUUCUUUGAAAAUAAAAAUAUAACAUAACGCGGUCUCAACAAUAUUUAUACAAAAAAUUCAAAUGACGCACCAGACAUGAAAUUUAUUUUUAUGUAUUACCUUGUAAACAGAUUGGAUGCAGCACAACAUAAUACUUGAACCAGAACCUUGGGGCCUUCCUCUCACAGAGAAACUGUUACCAGAACAUUUGAAGGAUUUGGGGUACACCUGCCGAGCUGUCGGUAAAUGGCAUUUGGGAUACUUUAAAAAAGCUUACACGCCGACGUUAAGAGGAUUCGAUAGUUUCUAUGGGCUGUGGAAUGGUUAUCAAGACUAUUAUACGCACAUGGUUCAGGCAACGUUUACGUCGUUUGAAGGAUUCGAUAUGAGAAGAGACUUAGAAACAGAUUGGUCAUCGAUGGGUAAAUAUUCAACCCGUGUAUUUACGGAUGAAGCUGUAAACAUAAUAAGAGAUCACAAUAAUACCAAAAAUCCUUUAUUUUUGUAUCUCGCGCAUAUUGCUCCACACUCUGGUCCUUAUACAAAUCCAUUACAAGCUCCACCCGAAGAAGUUCAAAAGUUAAAUUACAUCAAAGAUGAAAAUCGACGAAAAUUUACAGCAAUGGUAAAAGUCUUAGACGAUUCGGUUGGUAAUGUAGUUGACGCAUUAAAAAUCAAGGGAAUGCUUGAUGACACCAUCAUUGUAUUUUUAUCGGACAACGGAGCACCUACCAAUGGCAUCCAUAGAAAUUACGGAUCAAAUUGGCCGUUAAAAGGAGAAAAAGGAACACCGUGGGAAGGAGGUACAAGAACACCAGCGUUUGUAUGGAGUAGAUUUUUAAAAAAUAAGAGACGCGUAUCAAACGGACUAAUGCACAUAAGUGAUUGGAUGCCCACUCUUUACCGAGCAGCUGGUGGGGAUGUAGCAAAUCUCAACAAGAUUGACGGUAUAAACAUGUGGGAUACUUGGCAAAAUAAUAUAAACGAUGAAAGUUGGCCGAGAAAUAGUUUACUUUACAAUAUUGAUGAUGUUAGUGGUUAUGCUGCUGUGAGAGACUCCAUUUAUAAAUACAUAAGUGGAACUACCUUUUUGGGAUUUCUUGAUUAUUGGUCUGAGAGACCGUGUCAAAUUAUGGGGAAUAAUUCCUUCAAUUAUUCUGAUAUGGUGUUGAGUAGUAUUGUUGGUCAAAUUAUGUCAAAAACCAACUUAGAUAGAAAAUCAUUAUCAGAUGAUGAAAUUCUACGACUUCGUCAACAAUCCAAAGUAAAUUGUGCUCGUUAUAACAAAAAUUCAAAACCAUGUCAGCCUCGCAGAAGACCUUGUUUGUUUAAUGUGGUCAAAGAUCCGUGUGAACAAGUUAAUUUAAAUUACAAUCCCAAUAGUAGAAUGCAAGCUUUGGUAAAAUCUAAAGUCGAAUACUUUGAGCGACUGUUGGAUAAUUAUCGUGGAGUAUUAUUAGUGCAACCUGUUAAUCAGAGAACGUCAGGCAGAGUAGCUGAUCCAAAAUUAUAUAACAAUACAUGGUCAAGUUGGGAGGAUCAAGAUCAAAAAACUUAUUAAUUUUAAAAUGAUUAUCAUUUUAUUUUCAUUAUGUGUAACUCCUCCACGUAUUUUAUUAUAUAUUUUUAGAUUGUAUAAAUAAAAGAUAGGUUUUAAAAAUACAAUAUUUUUAUAUAAAUCAAGAUAGUAUAAAAAAUGUAUUUAAAAUGCUACAUUUUAUAUAUUAUUUAACUUCAUACGUUUUUGAUAAUAAAAUUUUUUCUUCUGAAAUAUAUUGUACUUAAAACAACAAGAAUAUUGAAACUACUUACAAAAACGUUUUUGGGUAUAGUAUAGUUUUAAUAGGCACUGAAAAUGUAAAAAAAAUAUCAAGGGGUAUUAAUAAAAAAACACAUUGUUUCAUUUACAUCAGUUAUUAUUUAAUGAAAAAAAAAAACCCCUUUAAUAAUUGAGAUAUACAAAUUUUAUUUUCAAAUUAUUUGUUAAAUAUAAGUUACAUUAUAUAUUUUAACAAUUAAACAUUAAGUACAUGAUAUGUACUAAAACCAUAUUAUAUAAAGAUAA